AAGCUGUGGUGGGCUGACCAGGCCUCCGAGAGGAUGGGCACCUGCAACAAGAAGGACGGGACGGAGGUGACGGUGCUGCGCAACAGCACCACGCUGGUGAUGCACAUGAAGGUGUACGACGAGAGCAUCCAGCAGGCCGGGACCAACCCCUGCAGCCAAAACAACGGGGACUGCUCUCAGCUCUGCCUGCCCACCUCCGAGAGCUCCCGCUCCUGCAUGUGCACGGCGGGCUACAGCCUCAAGAGCGGGCAGCAGUCCUGCGAGGGUGUUGGCUCCUUCCUCCUGUACUCGGUCCACGAGGGGAUCCGGGGCAUUCCCCUGGACCCCAACGACAAGUCCGAUGCUCUCGUGCCGGUGUCGGGAACCUCCCUGGCUGUGGGGAUCGACUUCCACGCAGAGAACGACACGAUUUACUGGGUGGACAUGGGCCUGAGCACCAUCAGCCGGGCCAAGCGGGACCAGACGUGGCGCGAGGACGUGGUGACCAACGGCAUCGGCCGCGUGGAGGGCAUCGCCGUGGACUGGAUCGCCG